AUGACGACCAUUCAUCCGGAGUCCAUUCCGGAGUUCGAAUACAUUCAGACACCGGCUGCCCCCGAGCAGACCAAGCCUGACUUCGAUUGCGGUGUGCCAACCACCUUGUACCCGUCAAUCAAGAAUGCCCCCGUUCCUGCCGACUCCCCCGGCAGUGACAGCUUCUCCAAUGGCUUGCUGAUCGCUCUGUUCGUGAUUGUUCCCUGGUGGCUGGCUCGCCAGGUCGGUGGAGGUUUCUACACCACCAUCUUCUUCGCUCUCUUCACUAGCGUUCCUGUGUUGGUCGCUUUCUGGGCUGUCGCUUCCUCCGUUUCUCCUCGCAAGACCGAGAAGGCCAAGUACCGUGGUCUUCCCGUCGAGCACUACCUGCACUUCCACAGCGAGCACGACCGCGCUACUUACCGCGGAAAGAGCAAGAUCCCCAUGGUCGUCUUCUACGAGAAGUACUUCAAUGGUGAGGUUGACUUCAAGGGCGAUGCUCUGGACUGCCUCGAGUACCGUCACGACUGGGCCAACUUCAAGUUCACCUCUAGCCUCUUCAAGCACUUCCUGUUUGGCUUCAUCCCCGAGAUGCUUCUCCACACUCGUUCUCAAGACGAGGAGCAGGUUCGUGACCACUACGACCGAGGUGACGACUUCUACGCUUGGUUCCUUGGUCCCCGCAUGAUUUACACUUCCGGUGUUAUCAGUGAUAUCAACAAGGAGGAGACCCUCGAGGAGCUCCAGGACAACAAGCUGGCUAUUGUUUGUGAAAAGAUUGGUGUCAAGCCCGGUGACAAGAUCCUUGAUCUCGGCUGUGGCUGGGGAACCCUUGCCAAGUACGCUUCUGCCCACUACGGUGCUCACGUUACCGGUAUCACUCUUGGUCGUAACCAGACUGCCUGGGGUAACAACGGUCUCCGCAAGGCUGGUAUCGAGGAGGAGCAGAGCCGCAUCAUUUGCUCCGACUACCGCGAUGCUCCCCGUGUCGAUGGUGGAUACCAACAGAUCACCUGUCUCGAGAUGGCCGAGCACGUCGGUGUUCGUCACUUCUCUUCUUUCCUUUCCCAGGUCUACGACAUGCUCGAUGACAACGGUACCUUCUUCCUGCAAAUCGCUGGUCUCCGCAAGUCCUGGCAGUACGAGGACCUCAUCUGGGGUCUUUUCAUGAACAAGUACAUCUUCCCCGGUGCUGACGCCAGUACUCCUCUCGGUUUCGUUGUGGACCGUCUCGAGGGUGCCGGCUUUGAAAUCAAGGCCGUUGACACCAUCGGUGUGCACUACUCUGCUACCCUCUGGCGCUGGUACCGGAACUGGAUGGGCAACCGUGACAAGGUCGAGGCCAAGUACGGCAAGCGCUGGUUCCGCAUCUGGGAGUACUUCCUUGCUUCUUCCACCAUCACCUCUCGCCAGGGUGGUGCCACUUGCUGGCAACUCACCCUUGUCAAGAACAUCAACUCCACCCACCGUGUUGAGGGCAUUAACACCCAGCACGGCCUUACCGGAGCUCGCCAGAACGCUAUUGACCGCGCUGGUACUCUCCCCAAGGCCCACAUCAUCAAGAAGGAUCUGUAA